GGAUGAAGGAGGGUGUGUGACGAAGACUUCUGGACUCUUUAUCGUCCUCUUUGGGAGACAUUUAGAGCUCAAACCGGCUCUUAUGGGAACGAAACCCCUCAAACUGACUGACCUCUGGGCGUCUCCUCGGACUCUUGGAUGAGCUCCAGUCGAGUACUUGCAGCACUGACAGGACGACAGCAGCUCUGCAGUAAAACCCUGCAGAUGUAAAACUGAACUGCAGCUCAGGGACGUCUAAAAGAGAUCAACAGUUCACUUCCUGCAGGAUUCUUGAUUGCUGUUCUCUCUGAGUAGGAAACUGCAUCAGUCCCUGAAACCCGUAUUUAGAAACCAACAGUGGAUCACCAGCCUGACAUCCUGAGCUGUCCCACCUGCAGCAGAUGGACAGGAAGGAGGAGGUGAAGGUCGGGGGGGCAGCCGUGUCGCUGUCAGCUGACCUGCGCAGCCUGCAGGGCAGCAGAGGCGCCGAGCGCGAGGCGGCGCUGGCCUCGCUGGAGAAACAGCUGAUCUGUCCAAUCUGCCUGGAGAUCUUCAACAAACCCGUGGUCAUCCUGCCGUGCGAGCACAACCUGUGCAGGAAGUGUGCCAACGAGCUGUACCAGCCGUCUCUGUUCCAUGCUCGAACCACCAUGUUGGUGAGCAGCGGCCGUUUCCGUUGUCCGUCCUGCAGACACGACGUGGUGCUGGACCGCCACGGCGUCUACGGCCUUCAGCGAAACCUGCUGGUGGAGAACAUCAUCGACAUCUACAAAGAGGAAGUCAGCAACACCAGCCCCCUCCCUCCUCCCCCACCACCUGCUCAGGUAACAUGCUCUGACCAUGAGGAUGAAAAAGUGAACAUCUACUGCCUCACCUGUCAGGUUCCCACCUGCUCGCUCUGCAAAGUGUUCGGAGCUCAUCAGUCCUGCCAGGUGGCUCCUCUGAGCGAUGUCUACCAGCAGCAGAAGGACCAGCUGAGUGACGGCGUCGCCUCUCUGAUGGCGUUCAGUGAUAAAAUCCAGAGUCUGAUCAAUGAGCUGGAGGAGACCUGCAGAAACAUAGAGGAGAACUGCAGGACUCAGAAACAGAAUGUGUGCGAGAAGUUUAACCGCAUGUUUUCCAUCCUGGAGGAAAGACAAAAGGUGAUGACACAGCGAAUCAGCUCUGAGCAGGAAGAGAAAACAGGCCACGCCCAGGUGCUGGUGCGUUGCUAUGGUGACAGCAUGGCAGCCAACAGCAAGCUGGUGGAGAGUGCCAAGAGCAGCAUGGAGGAGCCCGACAUGGCUGCCUUUGUUCAGAAUUCAAGAGAGCUGAUCACAAAAGUGAAGGUGGCGAGCACCUCGGGUCCUUCUGAGAUGCUGAAACCAGGCUACGAGAAUCUGAGUCAUUACAGGUUCAGCUUCAUUGAGCAGGAGAACGCGCUGAGGAGCAUCGACUUCAUCAAAGUUGUGGAGGAUGUUCCUGAAGAACCACAGCUGGAUCCAGAACCAGAGGAACCCAAAGAACCUUUAAUCCAGAGCACAGAACCAAAACAAAAGCCUGAGACCUCCAUGCAGAACCAGGAGGCUGCCGUGGAAGCAGAGCAGAUCCCAGCACUGAUAAACCCAGUGGAACCAGUACAGACUGCUGCAGUCGGACCUGCUGAGGAGCUUUCACAGCUGGAGACUCCUGAGCUGGACUCAGGUCAUAUCGAGGAGGAGGAGGAGGAGGAGGUGGAGGAGGAAGCAGCUCCUGAUCCAGUUAAAGAGGCAAGAGAACGCCAGGAGGGAAUGAGCACUCAACAGAUCUUCUCAUCUCCACUUUUCUCGUUCCUCUUCCUCAUUCCUGCACCAUCCCUCCACCCCCCCAUCCUCCUGCAGACCGUCACUCUGCUCUUCUACCUGCUGGCCCUCCUGGUCAUCCUGCAGAGGGCGUGGGCUUACAUCGGCUGCUUUGUUUCCACAUAAAGGCCAGCUGGAGCCACGUGUGCCAUCACUGCUGCACAGCUCAGAUGGAGAGCAAGACCAGGACUCCCCCCUCUCCUCCUCCCUCAGCCAGGCUCCUUGGUGGCCCAGUUUCUGCUUCACCUGGCUGAACCCCCACCCACAAGAAGAGUUAAAGGAGAGGGGAGGAGCAAAGAUGUGAGGUGUGUGAAAGACUCACCUGAAGAACAGAUGAGGGAGGAGCUCGCCUAGUGAGAGGACCUGAUCUGACCCGGAUAUUUGCCGGUUUUUAGAGGAGAUGCUGUUAGGCUCUUACUUUGAAA